UCUUAAAUCUCUUCAAAUGGAUUUUAAAAUAUUGACAAGAAAAAUUUUUAAAUAUUUGACAAACUCUAAAGUUUAUUUGGAAGAAUAAAUGAGUGAUUGUAGCCAAGAAAUAUUUUUUGGGGGAAAAAAGGAAUCUGUGUGUAGGGGGAGUACUUACACUAUUAGAUAUUAAAACUUAUUUUCUGUGAUAAAAAUACACACAUAAAAUUUAAUUUCGGGUGCGGUGGCUGCUCUUUAUGUGCACCAAAGGCAGAAACUAUAAAAGCCUUUUACUUUAUAAGAUAUGAACCCCCAAACAAUGUGAAAUAAAACCAAUUUCCCAACUUUAAAAAAUGGACAAAUAAAGUGAGCAAAGGGACAUAAGCAAAUUUGCAAGAAAGAAAAUACAAACAGGCAAUAAAUAUGUGAAAAAACAAACCAGCUAACUAGUAAUCUAGGAAAUGAAAUUCAAAACAAUGAGAAAUAAUGACUUUAAAUUUGAAAAAAUAGCCAGCGUCUUCAAGGAUAUGGAAAAAUGGGCAUUUCUCAAGGGAAAGCUAAUAGAUGUUCCUGGAAGACAUUUUAGAAAGCAUUUUAAAAAUAUACUUUGCCUUUGAUCCGUCAGUUCCCCACUCCUUGAAUUUUAAAAAUCAGCCAUGUGUGAUAAAAGAUGAAUCUCUAAUGAUAUAGAAAACCAAGAAAGUUUACUUGUACAUUUAUGCUGCCAUUAAGAAUCACGCCAUAAGAGAGUAUCUAAUAAAAUGGGAGAAAACUCACAAUAUUGUUAGUGAAAAGGGCAGAAUACAUUUUUGCAACGCAUUAUCCCUAUUACGUCAAACGUGCAUAGGUUAAGUAUAGAAAAAAACACCGGAGGAGACAUACCAAAAUUUGAAAUGUAAUUGACUCUAAGAGCUAAAAGUAUGAGAGAUUUUUAUAUAUUCUAUUUCCGAUAGAACUGAUGCAACAGAUUUAAGUGUUUUAAAAAUGAUUGCGCAAUUAACAUCGACUUUGUUGAAAAGCGUAAAAGUACAUGACACUGUACUAGCCUGGAAAACCCAGGAAGUGUUUGGUUCGUAAAGCCACGGCCACCUGCUCGGCGGUGAGUCACGGGCGCAGGCUCGCGCCUGCCUCCCCGGCUCGCCGACCGGCUGCUGCGCGGUUCCAAGCGAAAUGCCCGGGGCCAGAGCGACCACUGGGCCAGGCCCCGCGCCCUCGGCCACGGGAAGCCGGGAACGCCUGCUCGUGGUAAGGCUGGCCUCUCUGCACUCAGAGGUCUGAGCUCUGCCAUGGGGGUAGGGGUGUCUUUACUGCUGCAGUUUUCUCUGACAUCUGGGGGCUACCAGAGUGUGGGCCGAAGCAGGCGCUACAGCCACAGAAGUAUCCCCAGGAACAUCCCCGGGAGGAGCUGGAAAAAGCCUCAUCUCCAGCUCCACGGUCUCCAGGCAGAGGAGGAACCCAUGCUGGAACGUCGCUGCAAGGGCCCCCUGGCCAUGGGCCCGGCCCAGCCCAAGGUCUCUGGGCCCUCCCAGAAGUUGCCCCAGACCCUGGAGAAGGAGCCCCACAGGCUGAGGUUACAAGGCACUUCCGUGGCCCAGUCGGGCAGCCAAGCCCCCAGUAGGGCCCAUCGCUGUGCCCACUGUCGAAGGCAUUUCCCGGGCUGGGUGGCCCUGUGGCUUCACACCCGGCACUGCCAGGCCCGGCUGCCCCUGCCCUGUCCUGAAUGCGGCCGUCGCUUCCGACACGCCCCCUUCUUGGCACUGCACUGCCAGGUCCAUGCCGCUGCCACCCCAGAUCUGGGCUUUGCCUGCCACCUCUGCAGGCAGACCUUCCGAGGCUGGGUUCCCCUGGUUCUGCAUCUACGGGCCCACUCGGCUGCAAAGCGGCCCAUCGCCUGUCCUGAAUGUGAGAGACGCUUCUGGCGACGAAAGCAGCUUCGAGCUCAUGUGCGGAGGUGCCACCCCCCGGCCCCGGAGGCCCGGCCCUUUAUAUGUGGCAACUGUGGCCGGAGCUUUGCCCAGUGGGACCAGCUAGUCGCUCACAAGCGGGUUCACGUAGCCGAGGCCCUGGAGGAGGCAGCAGCCAAGGCUCUCGGGCCUCGGCCUAGGGGCCGCCCGGCUGUGACCGCCCCCCGGCCUGGUGGAGACGCGGUCGACCGCCCGUUCCAGUGUGCCUGCUGCGGCAAGCGCUUUCGGCACAAGCCCAACUUGAUCGCCCACCGCCGUGUGCACACGGGCGAGCGGCCCCACCAGUGCCCCGAAUGCGGGAAGCGCUUCACCAAUAAGCCCUACCUGACCUCACACCGGCGCAUCCACACCGGCGAGAAGCCCUACCCGUGCACGGAGUGCGGGCGCCGCUUCCGCCACAAACCCAACCUGCUGUCCCACAGCAAGAUCCACAAGCGGUCCGAAGGGUCUGCACAGGGCGUCCCCGGCUCGGGGAGCCCCCAGCUUCCGGCCGGCUCCCUGGAGGCCUCGUCCGAGCCCCGCGCCGAGGCCCCGCUGAAACCUGCCCGGGAGCGGGCGCCCGAGCCUCCGCUGGAGGCCCCGGGAGCGCCCCCGCCCGAGCCGGCCGCCGCGCCCCCCUCCCUCUUCAGCUGCGAGGACUGUGGCCGGAGCUUCCGGCUGGAGCGCUUCCUGCGGGCCCACCAGCGGCAGCACACGGGGGAGCGGCCCUUCACCUGCGCCGAGUGCGGGAAGAACUUCGGCAAGAAGACCCACCUGGUGGCGCACUCCCGGGUGCACUCGGGCGAGCGGCCCUUUGCCUGCGAGGAGUGUGGGCGCCGCUUCUCCCAGGGCAGCCACCUGGCGGCCCACCGGCGCGACCACGCCCCCGAGCGGCCCUUCGUCUGCCCGGACUGCGGCAAGGCUUUCCGCCACAAGCCCUACCUGGCGGCCCAUCGGCGCAUCCACACCGGCGAGAAGCCCUACGUCUGCCCAGACUGCGGCAAAGCCUUCAGCCAGAAGUCCAACCUGGUGUCCCAUCGGCGCAUCCACACGGGCGAGCGCCCCUAUGCCUGCCCCGAUUGCGACCGGAGCUUCAGCCAGAAGUCCAAUCUCAUCACCCACCGGAAGAGCCACAUCCGGGACGGCGCCUUCUGCUGCGCCAUCUGUGGCCAGACCUUUGACGACGAGGAGAAGCUCCUGGCCCAUCAGAAGAAGCAUGACGUCUGAGCGGGCAGGGGCUGCGGAGGCCGAGGGGGCAGGGCUAGGCGUCAUUUACACGAGAGUGUUGCUGUGGGCCUAGGCUGUGGGGGGCCUGUGUUGCUGCUGGUGUAGGCAAGGGAUGGGAGAGCGGCCGGGGAGCUGGGCCCUGUUAGGGAGGGAGGGCCGGCCCCGGGCGCCAGGGAAACCACUCGCAGAGCAUGGGACUCUGGCCUCCAGCUGGUGUUUGCUAAGGUUCUGCCCCGACUGCCCUGGGCCCCGGAAAAGUAGCAAUAGCAGCUCCACCUACCCCUUAGAGCCCUCCUGCUGGAGGGGCCACCAGGGGCCAGGAAGACCCUUCCCCUCUGGUGUUAACGCCUUAAUGUCCCUGUCUUUUAUUACGAGUUUCUUCAGCUCAGUUUUUGGAAGUAGGUGUGGUACAGUCCUUAGUAAAUGCGCACUUGGGAGGAAAAGUGGACCAGCUGGAUACACCUGGGAGAACCUGCUGGCCUUGUUAGCGCGCGCCUGGGCCUUUUCCAGCACCGAGAGGUGAGGCCGCGCUGCUCUAACCUGUCCUACCCCGUCCCCCCCCCCCGUCCCCUUCCUCCUGCCCCUGCGUAGGCGCCGGGACUCAGGCCCAUCUACUGUCAGCGCUCAGCCCCACUCCCCCUCCCCGAGAUCAGUGCACCACCCUCCCAGCGCUUAGAGCAUCCCCUGGCUGUCAGCAGCCCCGUGUCCAGGCUUUUGUCUGAACACCCCAACCCUCCACUCAUUCCAGAACUCAGCAUGGUGGAAAGGACUGCCCCACUGAUCAUGGAGGGUCGGCUGACAGGCAGAAAGGGGCGAGUCUCCUCUUCUACAUUUCUAGGUUAUGGAUGCCCAGCCUCUGCUUGAACACUUAGGUGACAGGGAGUCUCCCCACCUCCUGAGGCCCUGGUUCUAUUGUAGGAUAAUUCUAAUUGUUAGAAAUUCUUCCUUAUGAUGAAUGGAAUCUGCUUUCCUGUGAUUUCUACCUAUUGGGCCUUGUUCUAUUCUCUGGAAUGAAACAGAACAACCACUUACCCUCCUUUUCAAACUAGAGAAUAAAGAUUUGGUUUUAGAGCUGG